GAGUAGGUCGCAGUUUUUUUUCCCAAGAUGGCAGCCUCCAGCAGAAGUCAGGUGCUUUCUCUGUACAAGCUGUUGAUGAAGGAGAGCAGUAAAUUUCCUUCAUACAACUACAGGACUUAUGCCCUCCGAAGGGUCAGGGAUGCCUUCAAAGAAAACAAGCAUGUGGAGGACUCCAAAACAGUUGAAGUGCUAUUAAACAAGGCAAGAGACAACUUAGCUGUACUUCAGAGACAGGUAUCCAUCGGCCAGAUGUAUGCCACACAGAAGAUUGUUGUUGAAGAACACAGAGGCAAGAAAACCAUCUGAGAAGAAAACAUGGUUGAACAGCUGCAGCAUCAUUCCAACAGCAACAUAACUUCUGACACACACAGAAAUGUGUCACUGCCUGUAGUCUGUAAAAAAUUCAGACUGCAUGUCUCCUGGCUUCAUAGUGCCUUGGGCUUUUUCAGGUUCAGUAGCUCCGGUGUUUGCCUAAAAUUAACUACUCAUCACAUGAUUAGAUAUUGAACAGGACGAGACAUACAAACUGUACACUUGUAUGUUGUUAAACCAUCAAACUUUGUGUCUUUGCUCUUUUCAAAAUCCUUUCAGUUUUAUUUUUUGUUAAAUGAAACCCGGCGUAAUAAAAACAGAUGAGGAAAAUUGGA